AUGGAGGUGUUGGAGCGGAAUCUGGAAACUUUAGUGAGGUUCGAGCAGCGUGGAGGGGAAGCGGUGCAGAGAUCUGAAGGAGUACGUUUAGAAGGAGGUGUUCCUGGAUCCAGCACUCCACAGCACUUCUUAACUCUGCCCAACUACAACUCCCAGUAUCAGCUCCAGUCUGACACCAGCACUCCACAGGCUGUGAUUCAGAGCCCGUUCAGUGUUGAAGGUGGUCCCGCGGCGGAGGCGAUGGGGGGCGAGCCGCGCUUUGCUUAUCUCCCCACAGCUGCUGUAAGCGAUGUGGCCCCGGUGGGCGUGUCCCUCCAGCCCAGCCAAUCAACACUCACCCAUUCCGGAGGUCAGUUUUAUGUGAUGAUGACUCCUCCUGAUGUUCUGCAUGCAGGAGCUCCACGCUCCAUAGCUCCACACCCUCAUCCCAACACAGCGAAGACGGAGGGUCCGCGGACCCCCAGAGACGAUAGGAGGCGGGCGCAACACAACGAAGUGGAGAGGAGGAGGAGAGACAAGAUCAACAACUGGAUCAUCACACUGUCCAAAAUCAUCCCCGACUGCAACCUGGACACCACCAAAACCGGAGCGAGUAAAGGAGGGAUCCUGUCGAAGGCCUGCGAUUACAUCCAGGAGCUGCGGCAGCAGAACCACAGGCUGCAGGAGGGUCUGAACGAGGUGAAGAGAGUCCAGAUGGACAGGGAGCUUCUUCAGCAGCAGGUGGAGGAGCUGAAGAGCGAGAAUGCAUUUCUGCGAGCUCGACUACAGCAGGGAGGAGUCGGGGGUCUUCCAGACGAGCCUUUACUCUGAACUGGAGCUCCAUCACAUCCUAAUGGACCAAAACGUGAUGUUCUCCAUUCUACAGCCUUCCUACAGUGAUCCAAACUCAGUACUGGUUUUUAACACGAGGUAAACUUAAGUUUUCCAGACUGAACUGCCUGAACUGGACCACAAGACUGCUGUUUACACUGGCUGGCAGUGCAAGCCCAAUGGAGGCCAUGUGUCCUGGAGGAGCCUUCAGACCCGCAAGACCAUUUUUCACUGUUUAUUCGCUCGUUUGUUUAUUUGCGUGUUUAUUUAUUCAGCUCGGACUCCGAUAACGAGACGCGCUGUUCCGCGCGGUUCUCAUUCAUUUGUAGUUCCCACUGGCGCUAAUCUACAAGCGUUUGUAUCAUGUUUCCUUUUUCUCAUUUCCAUUUUCCCCCCUCCCCGUCACUCGUGCCUUUGUUUUAGUAUCAGUUGUUUAUUUUAUGCACAUUUAACGUUUCAUGCACAAUGCCCCCCUUUCCCUACCUUAAAAAAAGCCCAGCUGGGGCACGACUGAGGAAGUUUGCUGAUAACAGAAGAAAUAAUGGCAAAAAAAGUAUGAAAAUAUGAAAAAACAUUGAGAAUUAAUGAGGUCUUGUCAGUAUUUAGAACUAAAUUCAUUGUUAAUCACAGCUAAAACGCCCACAUGUAGCUGGAAAGUAUCUGGAAAGGUGUUGAGAUGAUAGACAGUAAGAUUGUGAUGAUAAAAAAGGCGCCGCUAAACUAAAGUGAAAUCUUACAAUCCUUACAGUGUCUCACUUCCUUUCUAUAAUGUCUAACGUUACAGCACGUAAAAGAUAAACCCAUUACAUCAGCUAUUGUAGCACUAAUAUACCACAAAAUAACCUUUAUAGUCAGAAAUAAUAUAUUAUACAGCAAAAUCCACAGUUAAUCCUGCAAAAACACAUAUCUUUCAUCAGCUUUCUCGCCAUUACAUUUGACAAUGUUAAAUGCUAAGGGGAGAUGUAGAAAUGCAUUUCUAUAGCUUGGCUAAUGCCUUUUAAAACUUGGCUAUUGUUACUUUUCAAAGUAGCCUGAUAAAAAGAUUGAAACUAAGUCUUGUAAUACAACAGUUUACUGUAAAACUACUCAUCUGAGUAACUAAUUCCUCACUAGGUUCAUUACUGUAGUGUAUGAAGCUUUUAGUUUCUUCUUCACAUUUCCCUUCUACCUUAAAACACAUUACCAUUCCACCUUAACAGUU